AUGGAGUUUCUAUAACACAAUGAACAAUAUAAAUAUGAUACUCACAGAAUAUUCAAUUUGAAUGAUCCCAAAUUUUAACCAGAAGUCUUAUAAAUCAUUGAGUAGAAAAAGGAAUAGUUUAAAAUUAGAUUAAAUCAAUAAUAAAACAAAAGAAUGCUACAACCACUCCAAGAAAUCAAUUCUACGAAUGCUUCAACGGAUAGACAACGAUAAAGUAAAACAAACAAUCAGUUGAAAAGAACUCGUUUGAAAACUGAUUAAAAUUUAGAAAUUCAAAAAUCCAACUCAAUAAAUAGAAUUUAGAGUAUUAAAGACAUUAUGCCUAAACUCAUAAAACACAACGAAAUUCCUGGAUCACUAAACAAAUAAGUCAUAUAAAAAGGAUUAGAAUUCCUAUAGUUUAUGGUUGAUAGACAUAAGGAGAAUGUCUCUUAGUGUUAUCAAUAAAAAAGAUAAAAAUGUUUGAAAUGA